AUGAAUUCCCAGCGUUUUAUCGGCCCUGUUUGGCAAAUUACUGCACUGCACUUCUCCGCUGAAGCGGAGAACAACGCUGCCUUCACAAAACACAUGACCCGGACACUGCAACGAUUUCGCCGUGUCAUUAUCCUCAAUCUAGUGGACUCUGGUCUGGAGACCCAGGAGUACAAACUGGUGCAGGCCUAUAUUCGACUCUUGCUUCUCCUCAAUAAUCCGAACCUCACUUAUGUUGGCUUCGAUUUCCACGAAUAUUGUCCCAUUGCUGCAACGUAUCUUACAGACAACUGCAGAGGUUUCAAUAAGGGGCAUUCUACCUUCGACCUGCAUCGCACGGCGCCGUAUUGUCGUCUGUGGUCGAUGAGCUAUGUUAUAACGGUGCCCUGCGUUGCCAAAUGUUAUAACGGUGGCCAA